GUCGCCGGUACGACCGUGGUACGCGACUCGCAGCGUCGCGCCUUGCAUCACCGUCCAAAAAUAGCCCGCACCUCGUUGUGUUUUGGCCUGCGUUCCCCCGCAAAGCGUGCGCAGCGCACAGAAACGACCCACGUUGUGGACGACGAGCACCACGAGAACAUUGCGAGCCAUCCGACAGUCGCCCGAGAAACGUGAGUGAAACAAGCGCGAGUGCGCCCCGAACGAACUAUGGCAACGCGAAGCAAAAAAUCGAGCACGCCGGCGACGCAAAGCGUCCCGCGACCUGAGUCGCCGCUCAGCCCAACACGCCACUCGCGUAUGCAGGAAAAGGCCGACUUGGCCAACCUGAACGACCGCCUGGCGUGUUAUAUCGACAAGGUGCGCUACCUGGAACAGGAGAACCAACGCCUAACACGCGAGGUGCAGACUUCUCAGGAGAUUGUCACACGGGAGGUCUCCAACAUCCAAUCCAUCUAUGAUCAUGAACUAGCGGAUGCGCGUAAGUUACUUGACGAGACGCAUCGUGAAAAGGCUAAGCUCGAAAUCGACACCAAGCGCUUAUGGGACGAGAACGAAGACCUUCGCACCAAUCUGGCAAAAAAGACCAAGGAUUUAAGUCUUUCGGAUGCCACCGUGCGCGCGUUGGAAACUCGUGCGAAUGACGCCACGCAUAAAUAUCAACAGGCGCUCGGUGACGCAAAAAAAGCUCAGACCGACGCACGUGAACUCGAGAAGGAACGCGACAAAUACCGUAAGCAAGUCGAAGAGUUACGCAAGCGCCUAGAAGAGGAGUCCCUUGCGCGCGUCGAUGUCGAGAACAACAAUCAAAGCCUUCGCGAGGAGCUCUCCUUCAAGGAUCAAGUCUUCCAGCAACAGCUUACCGAAACUCGUUCGCGUCGCCAGGUGGAAAUCAGCGAGAUUGACGGCAGAUUAGCUGAGCAGUAUGAAGCGAAGAUGCAGGAGGCUCUACAGGAGCUGCGGGACCAAUACGAGUCGCAGAUGUGCAACAACCGGCAGGAAAUUGAGGUCUUGUAUGAGACCAAAAUGAAGGCGUUGCAACAAGCGGCCGGGCGCAACUCGUCUGCGGCCGCUAAGGCGAUUGAGGAAAUGCGAUCGGCACGAUCAAGAAUUGAUACUCUGACCACGCGCGUUAAUGAACUCGAGGGUACCAAUGCUACGUUGGGCAACCGCGCAAGAGACCUGGAGCAAACGAUGGAACAGGAGCGACUGCGUCAUGCAGAAGACUUGGCCGUGUUGGAGCAUGAACUGACUCGAUUGAGGGAUGAAAUGACCCAGCAACUGCAGGAGUAUCAAGACUUGAUGGACAUCAAAGUCUCAUUGGAUUUGGAAAUUGCCGCCUACCGCAAAUUAUUGGAGUCUGAAGAGGCACGUUUGAAUAUUACACCGGCUGGAGGCGCAGCUGAGAUAUCUUCAUCCAGUAUGAGGUCUACACGUGGAUCUAGCACUUCGCGUCGUACGCCGGUGCGAUUUGCCCCUGGAGGCAAACGCAAGCGUACCCUACUCGAUGAGAGCCAGGAAUCAUCUCUAAGUGAUUUCAGUAUCACCAGCAGCUCGAAGGGUGAUAUUGAAGUUGCCGAGGUGUGCCCCGAAGGACGUUUCGUUAAGGUUCACAACAAAGGACAGAAAGAACUAUCACUAGGAGCUUGGCAGUUGAUCCGACGAGCUGGAGGCGCCGAAACAGUCUUCAAGUUCCAUCGAUCCGUGAAGGCUGAACCAGGUGGCACGUUAACCGUAUGGUCGGCGGACGCCGGUCAGGAACACGAUCCGCCACACAGUCUCGUAAUGAAGGGGAUACGUUGGGUGGUGGCCGAUAACAUGACCACUGUUGUGAUCAACUCGAAUGGCGAAGAGGUUGCUACCUCGGAACGUGUUCGUCGGCAAGUUUCUAGCUCGGCGUCGCGUCAUCGCGAGUUUGGCUACCUCGGCGAGGACCUUCACCAUCAACUGGGCGAUCCCCAAGGAGACGAGAAAUGCCGCAUCAUGUGAACGGCCUCGACCCAACGUCCGAACGCAUAGCUUUAGGACCUUUCAUAGAUUUAUAAUCGUAUAAAAUUAAGUAUUCUCUCCUGAUUGUGAAGUCGUCAGCUCGUCUUCACACAUGUUUUCUAAUAGUCGAUAUUUGUUUGCAUUUGCGCAAGCGAAGCGACAUUCCAACGUAAUCGAAUGGAAUGUCGCGUUCGCUCAGCGCCUUAAAAAAUCGUGAAUUUUAACCAACUGUUUGCUUCCGGCGUUCGAAAACGUGAGGCCAUCUUGGUUAGCCCGCAUUUGUUUUUCUUUUAUAUUAGCAUCUCGAAUGAUCACUUGUGUGAUUUAUACUGGAAACUUUUUGUGUUCAAAUCACUUAAUCGUAAUUAGAAUUUACGAUAUAGGGUUAUGAGUAAUUAAGGCGUGAGGGCGUGGCACGAAAUGCUAGAAAUUUCGAGUUAAAUGAAGUAAGUGCCUUUUCGAAAGCAGAAAGCAAGUACGUGAGCGGAGCAACUAAUCGUAGAAUUUAGAUUUAAUAUAUAUCUUAUACAAAUUAUGUAUUGCCUAGAGUUUACUAUGUUUACAUUAAAAUUUUCCUUCUUUUUUAUUUGUGGAUCGAAAUAAAAGACGAGAUAUUUUGUA